AACGCCCGAAAGGCCAGAAUUCGCAAAGGGGUGGCGUCAGACAUAAUUGGCAAUGAAGGUAGCGGCAAUGUAUUUCUCUCCCAAGAUUCCUCCGGCGCAGACUCCGACGCAACUGCAGAUGCCGAAGUCUCUAUCGUCUCUUCUACUGGUCAUCGGCCAAUCCUGCGUCCUGUUUUCAGCUCGGCAGUCCGUCACCAUUCCAUAACACCUCAUAACAACCUCCUGCCGCCCCAGCCGUCACCUAUUUCUUACUCACAAUUAAAAGUGGAAAGUGGUGUUGGUAUCGGUGUCGCUGAUGAACGUGAAGGUCCACGGAAACGAAACCAGUCCUUUGGAAGCGUUCGAUUCUUACCACAAGCCGAGUCAACAUGGCCACCACCUCAUUCCUGUCAACUGACGAAACGCCAAUCCCUAUUGUCGCUGGAAGAACAGCCUGUCAGCGGUGAUAAGAACGAAGAUGAUGUUAUGGCUCCCGUGGCUAUUGCUGAGGAUGGGAAUGUCAAUGAGGAAUCUGAGACGGAAGACAAGGGUAACUGUGAAAUUCAGAUUCGCGUAGAUAAGGAGAAUAGUCAGUACGACUCCGUGGAUCUGACCACGUCACACCUAAAGGAGUCUGAGGUGAAUUUCAAAGCCAUAUCUGCGUUUGCUUAUUUCGAUCCAAAUAACCUAUUUCUUACCACACAGGGGAAUCAGAAAGGCUCUAAAAAUCUAAAUUAA